GGUUCAGAGGUUCAGUCCAUUAUUAUCAUGGCGGGAAUCACGGCAGCGUCCAGGCAGGCAUGGCAGGGUCCAGGCAGGCAUGGUGCUGGAGGAGCUGAGAGUUCUACAUAUUGUUCCGAAGGCAAACAGGAGCAGACUGUCUUCCAAGCAGCUAGGAGGAGGGUCUCAGGGCCCACCCCCACAAGACACACUUCCUCUAACAAGGCCACGCUGACUCCCACAAGGCCACACCUCCUAGUAGUGCCACUCCCUAGGCCGACCACAGUAUUGUCUGCAUGUAUAUGUGCAGUCGCCUAUGGAAACAAGAAGAUGUCAGGUGCACUAGAUCUGGAGUUAGAGGAAGUAAUAAGCUACCCAAAGUGGGGGCUGGGAACCAAACCCCAAACCUCUGAAAGAGUAGCAACUUCUCUUAACUUCCAAACUAUUUUUCUGUUCCUGUCAUCUAAAUGUUUCUAUAUAUGUGUCUGUAUAUGCAUAUGUGAAAAUACAUACACCUGUAUGUAUGCGUGUAUCAGUGUGUAUAUAGGCAUACAUUUAUACAUGUCUACACAAUAUAGAGUGAUGUGUUCAUACCCAAACAGGUGUAGAAAACACACUCACAGUCACAUGUACUCACUUGUCUGUUUUUUUUCUGUAUUAAGAGGGACAGCAUGCAUGUAUAUAUACCUGUGUGACUGUACAUAUAUGUAUGGAUGUGUCCUCCACACAGUUGCGUGAUUGUAUAUCUAUAUAUGUGUCUGAAUGUAUAUUACUCACAGGAUAAUUCGUGAACAACAUGUCACUGUUUUGGGAGACUGGAAACUUUAAGCGGGAGGACUUAUGUCUACAGGAAGUGGAACCCCCCGAAGCCUGGAAGAUCACGUCCAAGCCCCAGGCCCUUCCCCACUCUUUGCUUCUUCCCACUAAAAGGCAUGUAUGCACAUGCACUCAGCAGUCUAUACUUGUGUAUAUGUUUACUUAUGUGCAAUAUUAGUGUUUGCAUGUGCACAUGUGUGUAUCUGAUCCUAUGAGUGUAUAUGUGUAUAUCUACACAUGUGUCUACAUGCAUGCCGGCUGCACAUAUAUACAUGUGAGAUGAUAAGGGCAUGAACGAGGCAGGAUGGACCCGUGUCCACCUUUCAUCAUAACUAUUUGACUUUGGGGAAAUUUCUUAACCCCCUUUGCUUUCGGUCACCUCAUCUUUCAAUUGACAAUAAGAAUAAUUCAUGCCCUGCAGGUUGCUGGACCACAGGGUAUUUAACUGUCCAGCUCUGUCUUGCUGUCUUAAUUACUUCGGCAUUAGAGUGUGGGUCUAUGCUUCUCCCAAGACUUGGGAUUUUUUGGGAUUCGGUUCUUUGGUGCUUGUUAUUUGAUGUAUGUGGGUAAGAAAUUCAAUUUCUAUUACUUGAUGCAGUUGUCCCCUGUUCCAUCCCGAAUUUGUUUUUCUCUGAUGAAUGACGGUGAUAAAGACUUCUUGUCACACAACAGCUCAUCUCCUUCCAGGCACGACACGUGUAUUCCCAGUUCCCAUUGUUUUGCAGCAGAGUUGUGAUUUUCUCGCUGAUUUGCUGGAAUAUGUUGGACCGUAUCACUUGACUGCUUGGAGACAUUUUUCCUCAUCAGCUAAGGAUGGAAUGAUAAUAUAAUGUUCAUUGGGUUGACUUGAAAAUAAGUUAGUGUUUGCAAAUGGUACUUGGUAUUUGUCCAGAGAGCAUCCUAGAUCACUGUGAAAGGUUGCUUCUUCCUUGCUGGGUGAGCUUUCCCCCUUCCCACAGGAACCACCCAUCAAUGGACUGAUUCUAUUGGAGAUUUGCCCCAUCCAUCUUCUUAGAGGAGAGACUUCGCUGAUUUGGUGUGACCAGCAUAUUUCUGCUAGCAUUAAUAUUUUAGAACUAAAGCAACUUAUAGACAGUAUAGAUAGACCUACUUGGAAAAUCAGUAAGGAAACAAAUCAAAAAGAAGAGAUAAAAAAAAAGGGGGGGGUGAAAUUGGCUGUAAUUGCUCUGUGACCUUAACAGUCUUCCUGUAGACUGUUUGAUGCAUGGAUUAAUAUGACAAUUGGGGGAUGAAAUGACUUGGAAAUUAUACCCAAGAAAACCACAAAGCUGGUACCAAACGGCAGAUUCCAUAUUGCUGCCUAGAAGCCAGGCUCACAGGGAAACCUAGAUGCUUCAGGGUUUCCGUGUCUCUCCUAGAAUCUCCUUCUACCGAGUUCUGGAGAACACCGCACAGUCAUGCAGAGCCAGCUGCUGCACUGGGAACCCGGGGAAGAGCUAGAAGCAGAAUCCCAAGGACGUUCAGAAAUGCUAUACAGUUACUAGCCGAUUCUGGCUCCUGGCUUGAUCUUUGAGGCUGCAUUCCGGAGGGGAAUUUAGAAGGCGUGGUAGAAGGUAGAAGGUUGCCUUUACCGCCUGGAGCUCCGUGUUUUCCUGGGAGUGCAGUUUUCUAGAGGAGUGGAGCUGCUGCUUGUGGAUGUCACCAUACUGCUGAGGUCGCUGUACUGCUGAGGUCGCUGUACUACUGAGGUCGCUGUACUGCAGAAUAUGCCUUCCUCCAUAUGUCUGUGCUCAAAGUCUCUCUUAGGAUUCGGAGAACAAUCAACCAUGACAACCGAAUCAGGAUCAGACUCAGAAUCCAAGCCAGACCAGGAGGCUGAGCCCCAGGAGGCAGCAGGACCUCAGGAGCAAGCAGGGGCACAGGCUGCACCUGAGCCUGCUGGCGGAAACGUCGAGGAGCAGCCAGGACUAGAGCAGUUCCCUGAAGCUGCUGCACACAGCACGCCGGUGAAGAGGGAGGUCAGCGACAAAGACCGGGACUUCGCCGCCGCAGCUGCGAAACAGCUUGAGUAUCAGCAGUUUGAGGACGAUAAGCUCUCUCAGAAGUCAUCCAGCAGCAAACUCUCACGGUCCCCAUUGAAGAUCGUGAAAAGGCCUAAAAGCAUGCAGUGCAAAGUGACGCUUCUGGAUGGAUCUGAGUACGGCUGUGAUGUAGAUAAGCGCUCCCGAGGACAAGUGCUGUUUGACAAAGUGUGCGAACAUCUGAACUUGCUAGAAAAAGACUACUUCGGUCUCACGUAUCGAGACGCAGAGAAUCAGAAGAACUGGUUGGACCCUGCUAAGGAAAUUAAAAAGCAGAUUCGAAGUGGUGCUUGGCAUUUUUCAUUUAAUGUGAAGUUUUACCCACCAGACCCUGCCCAGCUAUCAGAAGAUAUCACCAGGUACUACCUCUGCUUGCAGCUGCGAGAUGAUAUUGUGUCUGGACGCCUACCCUGUUCCUUCGUGACCCUCGCCCUGCUGGGCUCCUACACAGUGCAGUCAGAGCUUGGGGACUAUGAUCCUGAUGAAUGUGGAAAUGACUACAUUAGCGAGUUCCGCUUUGCGCCAAACCACACGAAAGAACUGGAGGAUAAAGUGAUCGAGCUGCACAAGAGCCACAGAGGAAUGACGCCAGCCGAGGCAGAGAUGCACUUCCUGGAGAAUGCCAAAAAGCUCUCCAUGUAUGGGGUAGACUUACACCACGCAAAGGAUUCGGAAGGCGUGGAGAUCAUGUUAGGGGUCUGUGCCAGCGGCCUGUUGAUCUAUCGUGACCGGCUUCGAAUAAACAGAUUUGCUUGGCCCAAGGUCCUAAAAAUUUCUUAUAAACGGAACAACUUUUACAUUAAAAUCCGGCCAGGAGAGUUUGAACAAUUCGAAAGCACCAUUGGCUUCAAGUUGCCGAACCAUAGGGCUGCCAAGCGCCUCUGGAAAGUAUGUGUGGAACAUCAUACAUUUUUCAGACUACUGCUACCAGAAGCACCUCCAAAGAAAUUCCUGACCUUGGGCUCCAAGUUCCGCUACAGUGGCAGAACCCAGGCGCAGACGAGAAGAGCCAGUGCAUUGAUAGACCGCCCGGCGCCUUACUUCGAACGCUCGUCCAGCAAACGAUACACCAUGUCUCGCAGCUUGGAUGGAGCCUCAGUGAAUGAAAACCAUGAAAUAUACAUGAAGGAUUCUAUGUCUGCUGCAGAGGUUGGUACAGGCCAGUACGCCACAACCAAGGUCAUCUCUCAGACCAACCUGAUCACCACUGUGACCCCGGAGAAAAAGGCUGAGGAGGAGCACGUGGAGGAAGAGGACAGAAGGAAGAAGGCCGAGGAAGCCACGCCCGUCGCAGCCCUCCGGCACGAGGGAAAGUCACCAGGGCAUGGCUCUGACUCAUGUCCCCUGUCACCUCCAUCAGCCCAUCUUGACCCUCCCUCUCCCACAGAGCUCCGUAGGAGGUGCAAGGAGAAAGAAAGGGCCUCUCCAGGUUCUGCUGUGCCUAGAGCAGAGCUGUCCUCGGAGUCUGAUGCCCAGGGGAAGGCCUACCUAGGGGACCAAGAUGUGGCAUUUAGUUACAGGCAGCCGGCUGGCAAAGGAACCACACUGUUUUCCUUCUCCUUGCAGCUCCCAGAGUCAUUCCCCUCGCUCCUAGAUGAAGACGGGUACCUCUCUUUCCCCAACCUGUCUGAAACCAACCUCCUGCCCCAGAGUUGGCAGCAUUUCUUGCCCAUCCGCUCGCCCUCCCUCCUUCCCUGCUUCCUCUUCAUCUUCUUCUUCCUGCUGUCUGCCUCCUUCUCAGUACCAUACGCCCUCACUCUCUCCUUCCCUCUGGCUCUGUGCCUCUGCUUCCUGGAGCCCAAGGCGGCCUCCUUGAGCGCCUCCCUAGACAAUGACCCGAGUGACAGUUCAGAGGAAGAGACUGACAGUGAGCGGACAGACACUGCGGCUGAUGGAGAGACCAGUGCCACAGAGUCGGACCAGGAGGAAGACGCAGAGCUCAAGGCACAGAAUAGUCUGAUUAAGCGAAUAAAGGGUGAAAAUGUGUAUGUCAAACAUAGUAAUCUUAUGUUAGAGGAGCUAGAUAAAACUCAAGAUGAGCUGGUGAAACACCAAACCAAUAUUAGCGAACUGAAAAGAACCUUCUUAGAAACCUCUACAGAAACUGCCUUAACAAACGAAUGGGAAAAGAGGCUCUCCACAUCCCCCGUGCGGCUGGCUGCCAGGCAGGAGGAUGCGCCCAUGAUUGAGCCACUUGUACCUGAGGAGACCAAAGAAGAGAGAGAGAUUUCUGAGAAAGUUGUAUUUUUACAGCAAGGAACCUCGCCAUUCCUUGAGUCUCAGCCAAGUGUGACUAAGAAAACGCGGGAGGGAGUCUCUGCUGAUUCUGCGGCCACCUCCCAUCAAAUAAUCUUCCAGAAAAGCGUCCCAUCGACCCUAGAGACUAAACAAUCUUCUGGGGAGAAGCUCAUGGAUGGCUCGGAGAUCCUCAGUCUAUUAGAGUCUGCGAGGAAACCCACAGAGUUCAUAGGAGGGGUUUCAUCUACUACCCAGAGCUGGGUGCAGAAACUGGAAACGAAGACUGAGACCAUUGAAACAGAGGUGGAACCCACCCCACACCCUCAGCCCCUCAGCACGGAGAAGGUGUUGCAGGAAACGGUGCUGGUAGAGGAGAGGCACGUGAUGAACGUGCACGCCAGUGGGGACGCUUCUCACACAGCCAGGGAUGAUGUGGAUGCCACAGAAUCAGCACCCGCAGACCGUCACAGUGGGAAUGGGAAGGAGGGCUCUUCUGUGACAGAAGCAGCUAAGGAACAGAGAGGAGAGGAGGCUGACAAGUCUGCCCCGGAGCAGGAACAACCAGCCACUGUCUCCCAGGAGGAGGAUCAGGUGUCGGCCAUCCACUCUUCUGAGGGUUUGGAACAAAAGUCUCAUUUUGAGUCGUCCACUGUGAAGGUAGAAAGCAUAAGUGUGGGCAGUGUCUCUCCAGGAGGAGUGAAGCUAGAGACCUCUACCAAGGAGGUGCCAGUGGUCCACACAGAGACGAAAACCAUCACGUACGAGUCUUCUCAGGUCGAUCCUGGGGCAGAUCUGGAGCCAGGUGUGCUAAUGAGCGCCCAAACGAUCACGUCUGAAACCACGAGUACUACCACCACCACACAUAUCACCAAAACUGUGAAAGGAGGCAUUUCGGAGACGAGGAUUGAGAAGCGAAUAGUCAUCACGGGAGAUGCCGACAUUGACCAUGACCAGGCGCUGGCUCAGGCAAUUAAAGAGGCCAAAGAGCAGCACCCCGACAUGUCAGUAACCAAAGUAGUGGUCCAUAAAGAGACAGAAAUCACACCAGAAGAUGGAGAGGAUUGACCGCAGGAAUAACUCAGCUAGCACGUGAACCCAGUCGUGUAAGCCGUCAGGAAAACCGGAGCCUAUGUGGGAUUCCCUCUUCUAACCCAACUGACUCAUAACCGUCCGUGGAAAAUUCCGAUCCAGGAAAGCUGACUUUGACCGUUAGAUGAAAGACCCUGGCAGAGAGAUCUUCCCAUAAUAAAGCAAUCCAAAAUCAGCAUCAUUAAACUGAUACUGCAUGAAGCAACGAUAAAAAAAAAUCACAAAGGAGCAGCACUUUUAAUUUUCACCAAAAUAUCUCCGUUUUCAACUCUACCUGCACGUUCAUAACCAACAGUGUAAGCCGUGAUCUCAUGUAACCCAUCGACAACUCAUGCCUUUCCUAGUUUAUUAUUAAAAGUCUCAACAAAGUUGCAGUUUCAUAGAUGACAAAUUCUCUGUUUACAAUAAAUGGUAAUCACCCUACAAUGCUGUCAGCCGUCUAGGUCCUUCUGGUGUGUCAGAUUUACCCCAGAUUAGAUGUGCCAAUAACCAACCUUAUCCAGUAAACAACUUGAAUCGUGUCCUUGUCUAAUCUGGUUUUGUUAUUCUCGCCCAUAAGCAGUUACAACUCUCUGACCCUCUAGAAAUGUUUAAUGCUUACAAACCUUGCUUUAUGUCUCUAAUUUGCUGUAAGGUAGCAUUGGUUUUAGCACACUGAUGUGGUUUCUUCUUCCACACUUGCUCUGGUCUCUAUUCGACCCAGAAAGAUUCCCAGAAUUACCUAAGCAAACCCUCAAUAAUGUAAAUUAUCAUUUGUGUGGGAAGAAAAUACAUAUUUUUUGUUAGUUUAUAAUAUUAUGAAAAUUCACUCCAGGGAAUACCUGUCUGGCUACCUUUACUUUCUGUUCUUUUUUCUUUUUCAUUGAUUUUUUUUUUCUUCUUUUACUUGAACAAAAAGGUGUUUUAUUUACAAAUCUGGUCCAUACUUACAAUCUAGUUCAGAACCAAGCCUUAAAUUGUACAGAAUUUCCACUGUAAUUAAAAUAUUUAGUGUUCAGUUAUAAAUAGCCUCCAGAAAGAUAUAUUGUCCACUACACUGUCAACUGCAUCACAGCCCGUCGUGAAUGAUGUCACCGCAUCGCGAAAUAAAAAUGGCAAAUGCAUUGAAA